AUGUCUGCGCCAGGAGGCGCCCCCAGCCCUGCGCCUCGUGGUGGUAGCAUGGGGCCUGGACCCGGCAACAUGGCCAUGUCUUCGCAGCCAAUGUCGGGAACACCUGGGCAUUCAGCACCUCCCUCAGGGCCUCCGCCGCCGCAGAGUGGUGCUAUGUCGCAGCAAAACCUGAACCAGAUUGUUAUCGACUAUCUGGCUAAGAAAGGUUACAGCCGCACUGAGGCUAUGCUUCGAAUGGAGUCAGCAAAUCAAGAAAUCGACGGCCGACCUCUCCCUCCAUUGGGAGAAGAUGCUCGCCCAAAGUUUAGAAAGGGAUUCGGUAUGUUGUCCUUUGACAUCCCAUUCGGGUUUUAUGGCUGUGCUGAUCAAAACAUUGUAGAGCUACUCAAGGCCUGGGUUGAGGAGAACCUGGAUCUUUACAAGCCCGAGCUUCGUCGCGUGUUGUGGCCGUUAUUCGUGUAUUCGUUCCUUAACAUGAUCAUCGCAUUCUAUCCUCAAGAUGCCAAACAGUUCUUCGAUGCCAACAAGAACAUGUUCCUCCCAGAGCACACUGACGACGUUCGCAAAUUGGAACCUAUCAGUCUACCCGAACAUGUACAGGCAAAUGACACUGCUAAACUCUACCGCACAAACAAGUAUCGCGUCGUCCUCAGCAACCCGGCCUACACGAAUUUACUGCAAUUCUUGGAAAGCAAGGAGAAAGAGGGCGGCUCGGUCAUGAAUGCGAUCUUGAGCAGUUACUGUACUGUCAAGACUAUGGAUCGUGCAGCCGAUGAUCGUUUCAGUUUUGCAACUAUGCUACGUCAAAUUGGAGCGGAUCCGUUCCCUUCUGAAGAUGAAGGUAUCCCUGGCCACCAUCCUGGCUCUGCCUACACAGGAGACAACCCCGCCAUGGCUGGAACGUUGCCAAGACUGCGACUUGGUAAAAUGCCGAUGGAACAGGAAAUGGAAGAAGAUGUGCGGGCCGAAUUGGCGGAGCAGGAUGCAAAGGAACCGCCAGCUGCGGGCCGUAACACCCUUGUCCAGGAGUUCGAACAGAUGAUCAAGAAAGAGGAGGAUGAAGAAGCGCCAACCCGCGCCGACAUUCCAUUCCCUCCAUCAACCGCACGCGAUGUUGCUAUUGAAUGCAUGAAGGUCCGAGAACAUAGAGAUCGGUUCAAGAUCGAGGGUCGCACGGGUGGUGUUGGACCAGGAGUAAGCGUGUGCAUGUUUACUUUCCACAACACCUUUGACGGCAUCAAUUGUAUGGACUUCUCCGAUGACAACAUGCUCGUUGCCGCUGGCUUUGCCCAGUCGUACAUCCGAGUUUGGAGUCUUGACGGCAAGAACAUCGAGGCCGCUUAUCCAGAUCUGGAUGAUCUGCCUCCGGCCAACUCUCGACGACUGAUUGGUCAUUCUGGUCCAGUUUAUGCGGUUGCUUUUCCGCCCUGUGCAACCAAGGAUGAGAAUGUUUCCAGCGAAGACUACGUACCCACCAAUGCUCGCUUCCUCCUUUCCUCUUCUGCGGACAAAACAAUUCGUUUGUGGUCUCUAGACACCUGGGAGUGUCUUGUGGUGUACAAGGGCCACGAUCGUCCUGUUUGGGACGUGCGAUGGGGCCCGUUCGGUCAUUACUUUGUCUCUGGUGGAUCGGAACGCACAGCCCGGCUAUGGCUGACUGAUCACAUUCGCCAACAGCGAAUUUUCGUUGGCCAUGAUCAGGAUGUUGAUUGCGUCUGCUUCCAUCCAAAUUCCGCCUAUGUCUUCACUGCCAGCUCUGACAAGACGGUCCGUAUGUGGGCAAUCACAACUGGAAAUGCUGUCCGCAUGUUCACCGGCCACACCGGCAAUGUGACUGCCAUGGAAUGCAGCCGCGAUGGAAAGCUUCUUGCAUCGGCAGACGACGCUGGCUCUAUUUUUAUCUGGGAUCUCGCUCCCGGUCGACUACUGAAGCGUAUGCGAGGCCACGGUAAAGGUGGGAUCUGGUCCCUCAGCUGGAAUGUCGAAUCCACCGUGCUUGUCUCCGGAGGUGCCGACGGCACUGUGCGUAUCUGGGAUGCAGUCGGUUCUCAGGACUCUGCAAGUCAGGGACGCGUGAUCGGCGAGGGUGGCACUGGUGCCAAGCUUGAUGCCAGCAAUGCCCCCGCGAGUGCUGCUGCAACGAACAAGAAGAAAAAGAAGGGCAAGGAUGUCGUUGUCACGCCCGAUCAAAUCAGCGCCUUCCCUACCAAGAAAAGUCCGGUGUACAAGGUCAAGUUUACAAACAUGAACUUGGUCAUUGCUGGCGGCGCUUUUCUUCCCUAG